AUGCACUUUUCCGGUCACGGUACGACCGAUGCUGCGCUUCUAUUCGAGUUUGACGACCUGUCGGGUGACUUGGUGUACGUCGAGCAACUUGCGAAGUUCUUUCAGUCGGCCCCGCCACGACUCGUCGUCCUCCUUGCGUGUCACUCGGAGAAGAUGGCUCCCGCGUUUCUGGCGGCCGGCGUGAAGCACGUCAUCGCCGUGAGCUCGAACUGGGCCAUGGCUGAAGACGCAGUGAACGUCUUUGCUCGGUCGCUCUACACGAUGCUUGGGCGCGGCUGCGGCAUCGACGAAGGUUUUAACGUGGCGACGUCCGAUGAAGCGGACCACUUUGUCCUCCUGCCGCGUGGCGCCGAUCACUCGGCGGUCAUCUUUCCCGAAGCGUUUGAUGACUCGGACGUGUUGCCCGGGGACCCGUUCCCGCCUCUUCGUGCCGAUUACCUCCCGAAAGAAGUCCGGGAGUACAAGGAGCGCCAACUCGACGAGGGAGACAUCUGCAGUCGUCUCGCAGGCCGCAAAGUCCAUGUUGCAUGGUUGCAUGGACCAAGCAACGUGGGCAAGACGCAACUUGCGUGCAGCGCUGCCCGCGCGCUGCAGCUGACCCCUGUCUUUGCGCGCGGGGUCACAUUCAUCAGCGUUGAAGAUAUCGCUGAGACGUGCCCUGGCGUCGCAAACGACGCUGUCCUCGAUGCGCUUAAGCUCCAAGUGGACGCUUGGCUCGCGGCAACCACCGACCGGUCGUCGGAGUCCCAAGCCGCGACGCUGAUCGUGCUAGAUGGCGUCGACGCACUCGUCGCUUCGCGUGCAUUUGUUACGUGGCUCGACAAGAUUUGCCGCAGCAAGACGCCCGUGCACUUUUUAGUCACGUCCCGCGCCAUCUCGUCGCACGUCGGCGCGUUCAAGCACCCGAGUGGCCUUAACCCCAUCAAGAUUGUGUGCCACACUACGCUGGCGUCGAACACGUCCUGCCGCCGCCGCAUUGACCCGCGGUGA